AAUUUACUGCAAGCCUCCAGGGCUAUCUUUGCACCAUAGGCUAGCUCAGAACCACUAGGAGGCAGAUGAGCCUCUAAGCAAUCAGACCCUCUACAGGCCUGCAAUUUGCUAGCAGCUACCAAGGGGUGUGACUAUACAAUCUGGAGGAGGGAAACAGCCUUUCACUGUGGUUUCCAGCUCCUCUUCUCCCCCAACCCACGCCUGCUUUCUCAGUUCCCUUUUCGGUCAAAGAUGGUCCAAGAUACGCUACUAUCUGAUAGUAGCUGAAGAUGGGCCAGCCCUCGAGCAGAGCGAGGUAUCCAAGAAGCACCUGACAAGUCCUUGCUCUCAUCACCACAUGGCUGGGUGUGCAUUGGGAACUGGUGUCAACAGGAGCUCUGCCCAGGGAAGGCUGAUAAACCUCCAGGAAGUCAAUGUCGGAAGGUGCAGAGGAUAGGGGAGUCCUCACUAGAGACACAGAAACUAUGACACAAAAUAUCAUCAUCUGGCUCUCAAGGCCCCUGUCAGCCUUCAUUGUUUUCGCCAACAUCUUCCUCAUCCUUGGGAUCCUCUUCAACCGUAGACUCCGCAACACCACCAACUGGUUCUUCCUGAGCCUACUCUUUGCUGAUCUUCUGGCCGGCUUAUUCCUUCCCAAUAUUCCUGAGCUGUCCUCGACGAAGGAUUUAAACUACCACCUCUGCUUCUUCAACUAUGUGGCACCUAACUUCAUCUUCCUUGCUUUCUUAGCCAACCUGCUGGUGGUGCACUAUGUUAAGUAUGUGUUCAUCAUCCACUCACUGCAUUACCACCGGUCCUGGGUGUAUCGCUGGCCUGGUCUUUACAUAUUAGUAGCCUGGACAGCUCCUUUGAUCUUUGCAUGCCUCCCACUGGCUUGGAACCAGUGGCGGCCCCAUGCCAACUGUUCCUUUGGUCUGGUCUUCCCUAUUCCUUACCUCUAUCUAGAGACCUAUGGCUUCCUCAUUCCAUCCAUCCUUGCCAUGGGCUUCAUGUGCAUCCAGGUGCUGUGCACAUCCCGAAGGCAGCUUAAGGACAUCACAAGACUCCUUCAUUCAGUGAACCAAGGCCAGCCCCCUUCAGAGCUGGAGCAGCAACUGGAACUGAGGAAUGCUAAGAAGAUCGCUAGUGUCUCCUUCAUCUUCGUGGCCUGCUGGGUGCCCUAUAUUGUUUGCCUGAAUAUCUCACUGCUGUCUAUAGAUCAAAAAAUCCACCCUCUCAUUAUUCCUAUUGUCACCUGCAUAGGCACCAGCAGCGCAGCUGCACUGCCUGUCAUCCUCAGCCUUGGCAACAGACAGUACACACAAUUUUGGACAGACAUGGCCACCAAAUGCUGUAGGGGCUGUUGUCAAAGACAGGGGCGCAAGGAAAGGAAAGCCAAAGCAAAGGCCCACUUGCCACAUGGUCAUCAUUGCCCUGCAGAGGCAGACCUCAAUGGGGCACCAGGCUGAUACCUUCGGAGGUAGCAAAUUGUCACUAGAAGCAAGCAAAACCACACUCUGAGUAAGAUUGUAUAUCUAGACAGAUCUUGGAAAUGGGCCCUGGUCAUAAUCAAUAAGUCACCCUGUGCUCCUGUUGCCUAGAGGAAAGAAAGUUACUUUUUUUUCUUUUUUAUUAAAGAUUUUCUUGAUUUACAAAAGUG